AUGGCGGACGAGUCGAAGGGCAAAGGCAAAGCGCCAGCUCGGUCAUCUGGACGCGAUGAAGAACAAGAUGCUCGAAGCGAUCAAGCUACGCGUUCCAACAGCACGGCUCAGAGCUUAGCAGCAGCACUGCGCACCACAAUGGCAUCGUCACAGCUCAGCUCGGUGAUGCAAACCAUCGGCGCCAGUGGCAAGCACGAUCCUCAGCGUUUCGGCUCGUCGUCGGCAGAACGCAGUGGUGAGUUGAGAGAUUGGUUGGUCCAAGAUCUGCGCUCAUCACCCACCGCAGCUGAUUCGACAGUGGAAAGCUCGCGCACCGGUACGUUUCGUUCCUCGGCAAGUGGAGUUGGGGAAGCAUCAGCUGAAGCGGAGAAGAUGUUUGAGCACUUCCAACGUGGCUUGAUGCUGAACGAGGGCAGCAGCGAGACUGCGGCAAAGGAGGAAUUGGCGCAGGAUACGAUCGGACAAGGAGUCGACAAGUUGGAGCACAGCUGGGAUGCAGCUCAGCAAGCACCGAUUCGGUGGCAGGCGACUGGCUUGGAUCCGACAACCGCGAGACGCGUUGACACAUACACCGACUUGGAUGCACCUCUGCAUGCGUCGGUGCGAAAGGACCAGUCAGUAGCACCUGCCCAAGCGUCGAAUGCGAGUUUUGUGGUCGCAGCCCCGCUUGUGCAAUCCGACGACAUCAUUGCACUGCUCGACGCCGAAGAGUCGCAUGCACAAGCAUCAGCACCCACACCCACGACGCGUUUAUCAGAAACAGUGCUCUCGCAAUUCUCACCGCACUACCGCGCACCUUCGCCUUCGCACCCGAGCUUUACGCGCGAACAAGCAGCCUUGCACCUUGCACUCGCCGAAGCGCAAGCCUCGACGCAAUCGCAACGCGACCUCGUCAUCCCACGCCCCGACAACCGAGCUGCACAACAAGGCGUCUACGCUCGCACUCCCCAAGACGCACUUUCGAGUAUCUUUGCCUCAACAGGACGCCAAGAGUCGUCCCAUGUCACAGAGAGCGAAAGCGUGGAUGAUAGGGGAAGAGCAGUCAUUCGUAAGAUCACCCGUUGGUUUGGAGCCUCCACCUACAUCGACGACGUAUACGGCGUCUCUCCGGUCCUCAAAGAAACGAUAGAAGAGGCGUUGAAACCGGAUAACAGCCAAGAGAAUAGAGACAAGGCAGUGAGGAGACUCGAGAGUCUCUGGCGACAUCUGAGCGCUUCGGAACCGCAGACCGAUACACGCGCCAAUUGGGUCGAUGGCUGGUUGCUGAAAAACACAUAG